UUGCCCAAAAUCGAAAAAGAAAUGCACUAAACGGUACCUGACAAUUAAAUGGCUCUUAUCAACCACCAGAACAAGGAAAAAAACCUGCUCCACGAGAAGCUGCAUUGGAGCAUAAAAUCUCCCAUCCCUGAUAGAUUUUGCGAAAUUCUUCCACCAGACGUUCAUUGGCUAUUAAACUGUGAUUAGGAGCAGAAGUGCAAGUGAAUUUUUGCAAGAAGUUUUAAGUUUUUAAGGAUUUUAACAACCAAAGUUCAAUAAAUGAUUCGACCGGUUAUAAUUUUUACAGUGUUAAUCGCGUUGUCUCUUUGUGAUAUAAUACCUUUGGGGUUUCCAAUUCUUACUGAUUCCAAAAAUGUAUGGCACAAGCUUUCGUCCAUUCAAGAGAUAAAAGUGUAUCCCGGUUUAGAAUGUGAUCGGCAGUGUAUGGUAGGUGAACUACCAAGAGUCUGCUACUUCCGAUGGGUCAUGGAAAACUAUGCCGCUAUGGGACCUGCCUGUUUGAACUGCAUUCGCGGCAACCGGAGUGAUUGCUUCCAUCCGCAAUGCGUCACGGCGAACGGAGUCGAACGUGGAAUCGUCACAAUCAACCGACAGAUUCCGGGACCACCGAUCGUUGUCUGCAAGGGGGACACUAUUGUGGUGGAUAUCGUCAACCAAAUGGAAGGUCUCUCGUCAACGAUCCAUUGGCAUGGGUUCCACCAGAUCGAUUCACCCUGGAUGGACGGAGUUCCGAUGGUUACCCAAUGUCCGAUCGUUCCGGGAACUCAAUUCCGGUAUAAUUUCGGAGCCGAUGAUCCUGGAACCCAAUGGUAUCAUUCGCAUUCCGGUUUUCAGAAAGCUAACGGACAUGUUGGGGCGGCUAUAGUGAGGAAUCCAAAGGAUGUCAACAUCGAUCUGUACGAUCAUGAUCUAACGGAACAUGUAAUACUUCUAUCCGACUGGACGGUACAAUCCGUAGAAAAAUGGGUUCCCGGGCAGCAAAGCUCACAAAUGAAAGUUGACUCUAUUCUGAUCAAUGGACAAGGGCGUUUGUAUAAUGUAAGUGGUAGAAUAUGGAUUAUUAUUAAUUUAAUUGUUGACAACUUCGUUUUUCAGAAAAGUUACGAGCCUUAUGAUCAGGUUCCUUUAGCCGUAUUUCGGGUGCAGCCAAAGAAACGUUAUCGAUUCCGGCUGAUCAGUGGAGGAAGUCAGUAUUGCCCUUUCCAACUUCAGAUAGAAAAACAUCGAAUGAAAAUCAUUUCAACAGAUGGUGGAGCAGUAAAGCCACGUACUGUGGAUUCGUUGAUAUCGGUUUCCGGAGAGCGAUAUGAUUUUGUAUUGGAGGCAGAUCAGGAGCCAGGUGACUACUGGGUGAGAGUACGUGGUAUUGCGUUCUGUGAUCUGCAGAAAGUCGAGGGAUUCGCCAUUUUAUCGUAUGCUGCCCCUGAGAGACCCACUGAAGAAUUGAUGUUUCCAUUGAAGGACCCUCCCGAUUACAAUUCACUGUAUCCGCUAGGAGUGGUGUUGAACAAUCAUUACGCUCCUUGUUACAAUCCGGAUGACAAGUUUAUUUGUGCAGCUGAUCUCGACUCUCACGAAGUACAUCGGGAUGAUGAGCUCAUCGACGCUGAGCCAGACAAACGGCUCUUCAUUGGAUUCAAAGUUAUUCGAGCGAACAACACUAUGUUGUUUUCCAGAAUGGGUGUUCAUUAUGUCACCAUCAAUGCGACCCAGAACGCAUUCGGUACAGUGAACAACAUAAGUUUUACCAGUCCAAGUUUCCCGUUGUUGAUUCAACCUGAACUUAUUACAAACGAACAGGAACAGUUCUGUAACGAUACAAACUUGCCGAAGUAUUGCAAAAAAGAUUACUGUUUCUGUACCCACAGACUCAAGGUUGGGCUGAACGAGAUCGUUGAAAUCAACAUCUACGAUACGGCAGCCCGGAGACAGAACUUUUAUCAUCCGUACCAUCUCCAUGGGCAUCGGUUUAUCAUCACCGAUAUGGGUCAAAUUCCAGAAUCGAUGCUGGAGCGUAGGUUGGAAUACCUGAAGCAACGGCGCGUCUACUCUCGGAGACCGAACAGCCACAACCCACCCUACAAGGAUACCAUCUCGAUUCCGAAUCACGGAUUCGUGAGGACCAAAUUUAGGGCGAAUAAUCCCGGAUUCUGGUUAAUACAUUGCCACUUCGAGUGGCACUUGGCAGACGGAAUGGGACUGGUGCUGCAAGUAGGCGAAACCGACCAGAUGCUGAAGGCCCCGGACGAUUUCCCUCGCUGCGCCGAUUUCAAAACCAAAGUGAAGGGUUUGGAUUAAUCGCCCUCUUGGUAUAGGAUUUUGAAAAUAAGUUUAAUUUUCAUUUGUGAUAUACUCGAUCUAAGCAGUUUUCGGCUUAAGGCAUUCGGUGCGGAUAAUAAAGCAGAAAAACGGUUCUAGGAACAAGUGAAUCCCAUUUCCCAAAGUACCAAUAAACUCCGAACGAAUUGCAUCCAUAAACAAUAACCAUAAUUGCAACACCAUGAUUAUGGCAGAUGUGUUCUAUUUACAGUUAAC